GGUCGAAACGUGAGCAACUGUUAACCAUGUUAGUUUGAUACUCUUUCGUUUUCAUAUCUUAAAAUCAUGCAUCCGCUUUGAUUUUUUACAUUCUUCUUCCCUCUUUUUUGUUUAUUUAAAAUGGAAGAAAGGCAACAUAUCAAUAUGUAUAAUUUAAAGUUUCUUUGUUCUAUUAUGCUACUGCAUUAGGUGCGUGCUUUUAAGAUGUGAGAACGAACGAUGGUGUAUAUGAUUUUAAACAUUAAUUGAAACAUUAUAUAAAUAGUAGUGGAAAUUAAUAUCAUGAAAACAAGUUUAAUAUCCUUUGAGAUCUUAUUUUGACGAAACUUAGCGAAAGGAAUUUCGAUUUAUAUAGUGGAUAUCACAUUAAGUGUAAUAUUUGAAAGAUGUCAAACGCAGUGUCGAGCAAAAUUGUAGAAACCCGAAUAUACGAUGGUCAAAAGCCGGGUACGUCCGGAUUGCGAAAAGCGGUGAGGGUAUUUAUGCAAGAACAUUAUACAGAAAAUUUCAUUCAAGCAAUAUUGCAAGCUCUAGAAGAACAAUUGCCUGGAAGUACGUUAGUUGUUGGUGGCGAUGGAAGAUAUUAUGGAAAAGAUGUGGUUAGAAAGAUCAUCAGGAUUGCUGCAGCAAAUGGAGUAAAAAGAUUAAUAAUUGGGCAAAAUGGGAUACUUUCGACUCCAGCUGUGUCUACUAUAAUAAGAAAAUACAAAACUCUAGGAGGAAUUGUUCUAACAGCAUCUCACAAUCCUGGUGGACCCAAUGCUGACUUUGGCAUUAAGUUUAACUGCGAAAAUGGUGGUCCUGCUCCAGAUAAUGUCACAAAUAAGAUUUAUGAGAUUACUAAAGUGCUCAAGAAUUAUAAAAUUAUACCUGAUAUAACCAUAGAUAUAGACAAGAUACAAAGUACUACAAUUCAGGUGGAUGGAAAUCCAUUUACAAUAGACAUAAUAGAUUCUGUGAAUGAUUACUUAGAACAUAUGAAAAAUAUCUUUGACUUUUCUAGUAUCAAAACAUUAUUACAAGGAAGUAACAAUCGUCCUCCUUUUAAAGUUCUUAUCAAUUCAAUGAAUGGAGUUACUGGUCCAUAUGUAAAACGAAUAUUUAGUAAUGAAUUAGGUGUCGAUGAUUCAAGUACUGUUAAUGCAAUUCCAUUAGAAGAUUUUGGUGGGCUUCAUCCUGAUCCAAAUUUAACAUAUGCCAAAGAUUUAGUAAAUGCUAUGAAAAAUGGUCCAUAUGACUUUGGUGCUGCUUUUGAUGGGGAUGGAGACAGAAAUAUGAUACUAGGCAAAAAUGCUUUCUUUGUUACACCUUCUGAUUCAUUAGCUGUAUUAGCUGCUAACUUAAAUUCAAUACCAUAUUUUAAAAAGACUGGUAUUAAAGGAUAUGCUAGAUCUAUGCCAACAGGUGCUGCUAUAGAUAGAGUUGCAGCAAAAACUGGUGUUAAACUUUAUGAAGUACCCACAGGCUGGAAAUAUUUUGGUAAUUUAAUGGAUGCUGGUCAUCUAUCACUUUGUGGAGAGGAAAGUUUUGGCACGGGUUCGGAUCAUAUUCGUGAAAAAGAUGGAAUAUGGGCCUCUCUUGCAUGGCUUAGUGUAAUUGCAAGUCUUGGGAAGUCUGUAGAAGAUAUAUUAUUAAAUCACUGGCAGAUAUAUGGGAGGAACUUCUUUACAAGAUAUGACUAUGAAAAUUGUGAUUCUGAAGCAGCAAACAAAAUGAUGCAACACAUUGAAUCAGAAAUGGAGAAACCUGGGUUUGUGGGUUCAAAAUUAACAUCUGAAGGGAAAACAUAUGUUGUAAAAUUAGGUGACAAUUAUUCUUAUAUAGAUCCUAUUGAUGGAAGCCAAGCUAAUAAGCAGGGAUUAAGAAUUUUAUUCCAAGAUGGUUCCCGUAUAAUUUACCGUUUAUCUGGUACGGGAAGUUCUGGAGCUACUAUUCGUGUGUAUGUUGAUAGCUAUGAAGAUGAUACAGCAUCUUUAAACAAAGAUGCUCAAGACAUUCUUAAACCGUUGGUUACUAUUGCGUUAGAGAUAAGUAAAUUACGAGAAUUUACUGGUCGUGAUGUACCAACCGUGAUUACAUAAUACUAAUGAUUCUUGAUCGUUUAUCGUUAACAAAGAUAUAUAAAACAAAGAAAAAAGAGAUUGUUUUACAUUAUAAGCAACUUAAAUAAGAGAAAUGUCAUGCCUUGUAUAAUGACAUUAUGAAUUGCAAUUAUUACGCAAAAGAUCGUUGCAUAAAUACGUGAAUCACAAGUUCGAUAACAUUUUUCCUAAAAUUGUAUAAUAUAUAGAUAGAAUUGAAAUAAUAUUCAGUAAUAUUUUUAUGAUUUCGAUAUGAAAUAUUCGAAUAUUCAUCGUAGUAAUGGAACUUGUUUUAAUCAUAAAAUACUACAAAAAAAGUUUUAAUGAUAUAAUUCAUAAUGUCGCGCGUACAACUAUUAGAUAUUAAAUAACUUAACAAAACACCCAAUAUUAUAAAAAUGAACGGCAGCGUAUUUCAUAUCUUUUUAUAUAAAAUUUUUCAAAUUUUCAUUUGACUAUAAAAAUCUUUGAUAUGGUUGUUAUAUUCAAAAAUAGUUUACUAAAACAAAAAUAUACUUAUGUGUAGAAAAAUCUAAAAGAAUGUAUAGUCAGUAAUAAAUCUAAGAUCACGCGUAUCUUUAUACGUGGAACUGUUUGCCAAAGGUGUUCAAGCAUGCAUAAAGAUGGAAAUAGUUUAACCCUUCGUUAUUUGUAUAAUGUUGCAUAAAUUUAUAAAAAAUGUUCGCUUAAUGAUAAUUUGUAGGUUACAUUAAAUAUUAUUUUUACAACAGAAUUGUUUUAUAUUAUAAAAAAUAUUAAAUAUAUUUAGGAUUGAAUCUUUUUAUGUGUAAAGUAAUAAA